AUGAUUGUGAGUAGGAUUCUUAUUAGAUCAUUCAAACAAAAAUAUUCUCAUAUUUGUCGAACACUUUGUUCAGCUCAAAAAUCAAAUGCAACCACACAUACAGAAAAAACAUAUCCAAUCUCAGGUACUCGUACUGUAUUUAAUGGUAUUAAUUCUCAAACAAUGUUUGCUCCACAAACUGCACUUAUACCAGAACUUACUCCUGGAGAAAUUCUUGUUAAAGUUCGUUUAGCAUCAAUCUGUAUGAGUGAUGUACAUACGAUUAGAGGUCAACGUAUUGAACCGACACCCAGUGUUCUCGGUCAUGAAGCUAUUGUUGAAGUUGUCACUCAUCGUCGACCUGAAAGUGAUUUAGCUGUAGGGGAUCGUUUAACAUUUUCAAUUGCAGAUUCUUGUGGUCAAUGUGAAUUUUGUUUAACUGGACUCAAUCAAAAAUGUAUUAAAUUAUUUAAAUAUGGUCAUGCGAAAUUAAGUGAUGGUUCUGGAUAUAAUGGCUGUUAUGCUACACAUAUUAUUCUUCGACGUGGUACUCAUGUUGUUAAAAUACCUGAAAUUAUAUCAGAUCGAUGUGCAGCACCAAUUAAUUGUUCAUUAGCAACGGCAAUGUGUGCUAUGGAAUAUGUGCCGAAAGCAAAAAAUGGACGUGCUUUUGUUCAGGGUGAUGGAAUGCUUGGUUUGUAUACAUGUGCAGCACUUCGUGAACAUGGUUUUGAAAGAGUUUAUUGUUCUGGAACUCGUUUACAACGUUCAAAAUUCAUAGAACAUUUCGGUGGUAUUCCACUCUAUAAUGCUAGGCGAAACGAAAUACUUGAAGAAGAAACAAACAAGAUUGAUGUUGUUGUUGAAGUAUGUGGAGUAUCAAAUGUUGUCAAUGAUGGUUUACGAUUAUUGAAACCUGGUGGAGUAUAUCUUUUUGUUGGUAUGGUUCAUCCUCAUUCACAAUUGAAUAUAACCGGAGAACAAAUUAUUCGUAAAUGUUUAACUAUCAAAGGUAUUCAUAAUUAUGCUCCACGUCAUCUUGAUCAAGCUGUUCAAUUUCUAGAGAAAACAUUUAAAAAAUAUCCUUAUGAAGAAUUAAUCGGACCAACUUAUGAUUUAUCUGAUUUAUCACAAGCUAUGCAAAUUUCUAUUGAAAAACGUUAUGGUCGAGUUUUAGUUAAGCCAAAUGUGCUAACAUCAUAA